AUUGUACUUAUUAUCACCGCUCGACACAAAUUAAUUAUGAAUUUCAUCAACAACCACCUGCGAAAUUUUGAUAAAAACUUAAAUACGUGCGCUGAUUAUGAAAUAAAAUACGAUUGUACCAAUGAUGUAAUCUUCGCUAGCAACUUUAUCUUCACAAGUACCAUAGCCAUAGUGAGACAAUUUUUUUCCAAAUCAAAACUAAUUGUCUUCAUAAAUCUACCAAAUUUUUUAACAACUUGGCCAUUGAUUCAUUAUACAAUCUUCAUAAAUAUAAUAAAAUUACGAUUCAAGAGUAUUAAUUCAAUGCUAUUGAAACUUGGUACCACCGAAAGUAAAAUAUCGCGAUCGCGUGAGUUAAUUCUGGAUGAUCUUGAUAGCAUCAAACGCGCAUACGCAGAACUUUGUAAAGGGUGUGAUGAAAUUGUAACUUUUUAUGAAGUUCCUACCUUGAUUGUGAUACUUAUAUUUUCGACAAAAACUAUCCGCAGUUUGUAUUAUAUGGUGAUACAAUUGAUCUCCGCUCCGAAGAUUGACUCUCUAACAUAUGUAACUGGACUUAGUUUUUUGUAUCCUAUAUAUAUAUAUAUAUAUCUU